AUGAUUAAAAGAAAAAGCGAUACCUAUUUUUUGGAACGAGUUUAUUAACCUCAAACAUCUAUUUGUUUGACAUGACGUUUCAAUGCAUGACGUUAUAACUUGGUGACUAAUUUAAUUGUGAUUGUCUAUAAUUUUAUACUUUAUUAUGCAAAGGACGAGAUAUUAAAAAACUGGCAAUAUGAUUGCACCAGAGAUUGGUUCUACAAAUGCUGAACCUGUACACGUAAGAAUUACAAGUGAAAAAGCACCAUUGAUUAGUAGCAGAAAUGUAUUUCAAAGACUUAGCAGUAUGUUUAAAUUCGGUAAAACAUCACGUACUGAUGGAGAAGGAUAUGUUGAAUUUGGUAGUCUUGGUGUUGAUAGUACACGUACGUUAGGAACUUUCGCGGGUGUAUUCAGUCCUGUCACACUAUCAAUGUUCAGUGCCUUAGUUUUCAUACGUAUGGGUUAUAUCGUGGGAAAUGCAGGAUUAUUUGUAACUCUAAUACAAUUCAUCAUUGCUUAUGGAAUAUUACUCUUUACUGUUGCAUCUGUUUGCGCUAUAUCAACAAACGGAGCGGUGGAAGGAGGUGGCGCAUAUUUUAUGAUCAGUCGUACAUUAGGACCUGAAUUCGGUGGUUCCAUUGGUACAUUAUUUUUCAUGGCAAAUAUUGUAUCGAGUGCACUUUGCAUCUCUGGCUGUGCCGAAGGCUUAGUAGAGAAUUUUGGUCCCUCUGGAUAUCUAGUUGGGAAAAAUGCAUUCAUACCAGAUGGUCGAUGGUGGCGGUUUCUCUAUUGUUCGUUGUUAAAUACAGCCAAUCUUUUGGUUUGUCUAAUUGGAGCUACUAUGUUCGCAAAAACUAGUGUUGCCAUUCUAGCAGUCGUUUGCAUUUGUCUUGGAAGUGUUUUCAUAAGUUUUUUAGUAGGAGGUCCUAUGGAGAUACCAAUACCAGAUGCAAAUACAUUAGUACAAAAUGCUACUGAACAUGCGAAUGGAUCAUACACAGGACUUCUGUCUUCCACCCUUGCGAAUAAUUUAUAUUCCAAUUAUAGUGCUGAUUAUACGAGCCCUGGUACAAUGACUGAUUUUGCUAGUGUAUUUGGCGUACUCUUCAGUGGUGUAACAGGCAUUAUGGCCGGAGCAAAUAUGAGUGGUGAAUUAAAAAAUCCUGGAACAAACAUCCCGCGUGGAACGUUAUCAGCAGUAUUAUUUACUUUCCUAUGUUAUAUAUUACUAUCUAUUUUGACAGCUGCGACUACAAGUCGUUUUUUACUACAAAAUAACUUUAUGUAUAUGAUGCCAAUAAAUAUUUGGCCGCCAUUCGUUACUGUUGGUAUAUUGACAGCAACAUUCAGUGCUGGUUUGAGUAACUUAAUUGGUUCGAGCAGAGUAUUAGAAGCAUUAGCAAAAGAUAAUGUAUUUGGUUCAGGAUUAAAUUUUAUCAUACAAGGCACAUGGCAAGGAAAUCCAAUAGCUGCAGUAUUUACAUCAUGGAGUCUUGUACAAAUAAUCUUACUUGUUGGUUCCUUGAAUACAAUUGCUCAAAUCAAUUCAGUAUUAUUUCUUUUAAGUUAUUUAGCAACUAAUUUAGCCUGUCUUGGACUUGAACUUGCAAGUGCACCAAAUUUCAGACCAACAUUUAAUUAUUUUACAUGGCAUACUGCUACUAUAGGUCUCCUUGGGACAUUAAUUAUGAUGUUUGUAAUAAACAGUAUUUACGCAUCGAGCAGUAUAAUAUUAUGUUUAAUUUUAAUAAUCGUACUACAUUUAUUUUCACCAAGUAAAAAUGCGCCAUGGGGUAGUAUAUCGCAAGCAUUAAUAUUUCAUCAAGUGAGAAAAUAUUUAUUAAUGUUAGACUCUCGCAAAGACCAUGUUAAAUUUUGGAGACCGCAAAUGCUUUUGAUGGUUGCUUCACCAAGAUCUGCAUGUCCUCUUAUAGAUUUUGUAAACGAUUUGAAGAAAGGAGGAUUAUAUGUUAUAGGACAUGUAAAAAUUGGAGAUUUUAUUGGACAGAAUACUGAUCCAACGAUAGAAGAAUAUCCUCACUGGUUGAGUUUAGUCGAUCAUAUGAAAGUGAAAGCAUUCGUAGAGCUAACAGUUACAAAAACAGUCCGUGAAGGAUUACAUCAUUUAAUAAGAAUAUCUGGAAUGGGUGCAAUGAAACCAAAUACAAUUAUUCUUGGCUUUUAUGAUGAAGAAACACCAAGAAAUUUUUUCACCGAUUCUCAAUAUUCAACUGCAGUAUUUGAGAAUACCAGCGAAAACAUCGGAGUUUCUAACAAUCUUAUAUUUCCAUUAAGGCAAAACGGUACAGAGAAAAAUGUGGAUCCAGUACAAUAUGUAGGAAUGUGUUCAGACGUUUUAAAAAUGAAAAAAAACUUGUGUUUAUGCAGAAAUUUUUACUUACUUGAUAAGUCACAGAUUUCGAAAAAUUCAAAUCUUAAGUACAUCGAUGUGUGGCCAGUGAACUUCUUCCAACCAUCCGAUCAAGAUCCAUUCGAUACAACUUCGUUAUUUAUGCUUCAACUAGCAUGCAUUAUAAAUAUGGUUCCUGUGUGGAAAAAUUUACAUCUUAGAGUAUUCCAUUGUGAAAUUGCAGACAGUAGUAGUACAAGUUUAAGCAUUUCAGAAUCACAAAGUUCUAUCACUGAAUUUCCCAAGGUCUCAAACGAGCAUAAAAUAAAAAAAUUAUUAAAUGUUUUGAGGAUCUCGGCAUCGAUUAAGAAAAUUCCUAAUUGGGGAGCACAAGUAAGUGGUCUAAAGGGCAGAUCUCUUAUCGAGCCAAAAUUGGAUACGCAGUAUGAGACAGGUACUGAAAAUGUGGAUAAUACGUUGAGUAAUGUCUCCAAAACUUAUAUAUCGAGUGUUAAUCAGUUAAUUAAACAACAUUCCAGUCAAACGGCAACAACUUUUAUAUAUUUACCAGCACCACCUAUAUCUAAUACAUGGGAUGAAAAUAUUAUGUAUCGACAAUACCUUCAAUUAUUAACAGAAUUGACUAUGAAUUUACCACCUAUAGUUUUAGUACAUGGCGUCAGUGCUGUUACAUCGACAACUUUGUAACAAUAUCAAAGCAUAGAAAGAAAAAAUUAAUAUCAUCUUACUUUGAUAAAUACUAGUAUCAUUUUACGAUUAUAUAUUUAUGCUUUAAAUUAUUGUAAUAAUUAUAUUAUAGUUUAAUUAAUUGAUUUAUUAUAAUUGAUGCACAAAAUGAUAAAUAAUGUUAUUCGAUAUAAAUGUAUUUAAUGAUUCAAAAAUGAUCUUAUUUAAAUAGUAAUAUAAUUUCAUUAAGAGCAAUAAGUAUUUUUUAAGCUUUACGAAAAUAGUAAUAAUAUUCUUUACAUUCGCAACUAAAUUUUAAUUUACUGACAUCAUGUGACUUAUAUUACUGUGAUAAAUUUAUUCUAUAAAAUAUUUUCCGUAUAGGAAUAUUUUUGAAAUCUGUAAAAGAUACAUUUAUCAGUGAUACAUUCAUCAUGUACCUAUCUUAAUAUAUUUCAUAUACAAAAAUA